UUAUUUUGGGAAUUUUCAGUGUGAACACACUACUCGCACUAUGUAUACUACAAAACGUCAUAUAAUAGUGCAUAAGUAAGCGAUUUGUUUAUCACAACAAGACCAAAGAAACUUAUAACAAACGGAUAUGGCAACACUGCUGAGGACCAACGCACAGCCGCCAUUCAGUAUUAACUGCUCCUAUUGGCUAUUUCCAGGCUGAUCUGUCCAAUCACAGUUGAUUUCUUUAUCACGUUUAACGUGGCAAUACAGUGAUCUUUUUGGCAGCACAGUAGCACACUGUUCAAGGUUGUUGCUGCAGUUAAAUCGCUGUGAAAUGGGGGUGCUGUCAGCGCUGACGCGGGGGCUCGCGAGAGGAGCCGACAGAAUGGCGGAGUUCACGAGCAAGCGCGGGCCCAGGACAUUCUACAAGAGCAGAGGUGCGAGACCCACUGGAGUCCUGACCUCCAGCAGAAAGUUCAUACCUGUACGGGCCAUGAUACCAGAGUUUGUGGUGCCCAAUCUGGAAGGAUUUAACCUGAAACCAUAUGUGUCAUACAAGACCCCUGCAGGGACAGAGCAGUCCAUGACUCCAGAGAUGCUCUUUAAUCAGGUGGUGGCCCCACAGAUCGAGAGAGACAUUGAGGAAGGGGUUUUCAAUGAGGAGAAGCUUGAGAAAUAUGGAUUAGAUAAAACACAAGAGGGGAAGCUGUUCAAGCUGCAUCCCAGGAACUUUGUUUGUUAAGUGGACUUUGUGUUUCAGUGGUUUGCUUAUGGACUGUAAAAAAGUGUGUGAUGUUUUCUUAAACUUCUGAAGAGAAGUCAAGAAAAAUUAAAACCAUUUCAUAUUUG